GGUGAGGUGUUGCAUAUGAAGAUUAAACAAAGUUAAAAAUUGAAUCUUUUUUCUUUGGGAGUUCAAAAAUGAAUUUUAGAUGAUGGUUGAUUUUAUUUUUGUAGGUUACUACUAUUUUAAAUAAUCAGUGGUUAUGGUUUUCACUUUCAUUCUUUUGAGGGAAUAAAAUAAUUUUCAAAACCAAGACUAAGUAUAGAUUUGCGAAAUAAGAAACGAGGAUAUCUGUAUUUUCCUCGGCGACUAAAACCUCUUUCUCAAGGUGAAGAUUUAAUCAGCGUAUAGUUGUUGAUCAAAUCCCUCAGUUUGGCAGCAAGAAAAGGUUUGUAGGAUGCAAAAGCUCAUCCAUCAAAGAUUCUGACCGAACCUCUGCUGACUUGUUUCCAACGUUGUAUGACCAUGUGGUUCUCUGGAAAGCAGCUCGAGAUACCUGUCUCAAACUCCAAGAGCAUGGCAACAGAGACAGAAACCACAAAAGAGCGGGACUUUUACCAUCUGAAGCUGUCCGAGCAAGAUUCUUCCUCAACUCUAUCCACAGACCAGUCUCAUCACGAGGGAUCUACUUCAGCUGGAAGUGACGUGCAGAUGAAGAACUUGUCAUUUCAGCCUGUUGGUGGAAAUGCAGAGUAUUUCAGCCAUCAAGUUCAUAUGGAACACAAUCAAUCAUCGGAUUUGGCAUCUUACUCCAUGGCUGCACCUUAUUUUGGCAGGAUAGCUGCUGCAUACGAUCUGAAUUCUGUUAUUUAUCCUCGAAUGGCUGUGGUCGGGCAAGCAAGGGCCGUGCUACCGCUGGAUCACGAUCAAGGCAUCCCCAUGUUUGUCAACGCAAAGCAAUACCACGCCAUUCUCAGGCGUCGCCAAACCAGAGCUAAACUCGAGGCUCAGAAUAAGAUUGCAAGAACAAGAAAGCCGUAUCUCCAUGAGUCUCGCCACCACCACGCUCUGAGAAGAGCUCGGGGUUCUGGAGGGCGCUUCUUGAACACGAAGAAGUCGAGCCCCACAGCUCAAGAACCCGAGAGCAGCACCAGCUGGGGCACAUCCACCACCUCUGGCUCUGAUGUCUCCUGCAUAUUCAACAACGACGACUUAUUCCAACAACCACGCAUGGGGACACAAUCGCGUACGAUGGAACACAACAACAUGCUUCUGUUAUCCAUGGAUAGUUACACACAAAUCCGCACCACUACGUGAUUGUGCUGCUCUCCUGUGUGGUUAACUGGCAGUUCAUCCUUGGCUAUCUUUUCCCCUGCUGCUUCUUGCAGUGUCUCAUGCUUAGCUUUUGGUAACUUGAACUCAUCUUUGUAAGAAUUUAAAAAUAUGCUUUACUUGUUUUUGUUUCAUUUGUUGAACAAUUGGUUGUCUACUUGCCUAGCUUAAGUCCAAUUUAUUAAAAGGCUGCAAUAAAUCAAUAAUGUCAUGGCCUUUUUCGACUUAUUA